UCUCACACACACACAGUGAAGGCAUUUCAGAAAUUCCCUCUUUUCUUCUUCUCAUAUUUCUUUCUAUCUCUCUUCAACAUAACAAUGUCUAAGAUGUCUAGUCUCUUGGGAUUCUUUGUGGGUCUAGUUUUGGUGGGGGUUGUUGCCUCUUCCAAGUUUGAAGAACUCUACCAACCUGCUUGGGCCUUGGAUCAUUUCAUCCACGAUGGCGAACUCAUUAAACUCAAGCUUGAUAACUAUUCAGGUGCUGGUUUUGGAUCAAAGAGCAAAUAUAUGUUUGGGAAAGUGAGCAUCCAACUUAAGCUUGUGGAGGGUGACUCUGCUGGAACCGUUACUGCUUUCUAUAUGUCAUCGGAGGGUCCAAAUCACAACGAAUUUGAUUUUGAGUUCUUGGGGAACACUACUGGUGAGCCUUAUUCGGUGCAGACGAAUGUGUAUGUGAAUGGUGUUGGUAACAGGGAGCAGAGACUCGACCUAUGGUUCGAUCCCACCAAGGACUUCCACACCUACUCUAUCUUCUGGAAUCAACGCCAAGUUGUGUUCCUAGUGGACGAUACGCCAAUAAGGGUGCACACAAACCUUGAACACAAGGGAAUCCCUUUCCCUAAAGACCAAGCAAUGGGAGUGUACAGCUCAAUAUGGAACGCAGAUGAUUGGGCCACACAGGGUGGUAGGGUGAAGACAGAUUGGAGCCAUGCACCAUUCGUUGCCACAUACAAGGACUUCACGAUUGACGCGUGUGAGUGCCCAGUGGGAGUGUCAUCGUCAUCAGUGGCCCCGGAAAAUGCUAAGAGGUGCAGUAGCAGCGAGGAUAAGAAGUAUUGGUGGGAUGAACCAACUAUGUCGGAGUUGAACGUUCACCAGAGCCACCAGCUUAUGUGGGUUAGGGCUAACCAUAUGGUCUAUGACUAUUGCACUGAUACUGCUAGGUUCCCAGUCACACCCGCUGAGUGUGUCCACCACCGCCACUAACCAUGUUGUUCCCUCUCAUCAACCUUGUAAUAUUAUUUUUAGCUACUAGCUAGCUAGCUCUUAAUGUUAAUUCUUUUAUUUUCCUCC